GUGUCCUACUUGUAGGGUGUCCAGAUAUAAGAAGAAAGCACAUACUAGUAAGAAUGAUAUACCUCUCAAGGUAGUACAAUAAUUUCCUAUUACACAGAGGCUGCAGAGACUUUACAAGUGUAAGAAGACAACGGUGGCAAUGACCUAGCAUGAUCGUGCUCUUCCAAGUGAAGAUGUCAAAAUGAGUCAUCCGAGAGAUUCACCUGCAUGGAAGAAUUUUGAUAAGUUACAUCCAAUAUUUUGUUAGGAUCCUCGUAAUAUCAGGCUCGGACUAGCUAGUGAUGGCUUUUGCCCAUUUAGUUUUAAUGGUAAUCCACACAGCACAUGACCGAUUGUAAUGAUGAUUAUAAUCUCUCACCGUGGUUGGCUAUGGAUCAAUCAUAUUUUAUGAUGCCUCUUUUGAUUGAUGGACCCAGUUCACCGGGAAAUAAUAUCGACGUUUAUCCCCGACCUCUCAUCGAAGAGUUACGGUCUUUAUUCAUUAAUGGUGUGGAGACAUAUGAUGCAGAUAAAGGGGAAACCUUCAUAAUGCGUGCAGCCUUAAUGUGGACAAUUAAUGAUUUUCCUGCAUAUGGAAUGCUAUCAGGAUAUUCUGUACAUGGUUAUAAAGUAUGUCCAUAUUGCCACGUGGAUACAACAUCGACAUGGUUGCCUUUUAGCAAAAAGAUAUGUUAUUGUGGUCAUCGACGUAUGUUGAAAGAAGACCAUCUCUAUAGGGAUGUUCACUUUGAUGGUACUACAGAGCACCGAAAGGCUCCAGUCACUUAUCUGGAGCGGAUAUACUUGGUCAAUGGAAUGAUUAUGAAAAUGUGAUUUUUGGAAAAGUAAUGGAAGGACAGGAAAAGCCACAAGGAUGGAAUAAGAAAAUUAUUUUCUUUGAACUACCGUAUUGGGUGAUAAAUAUAGUGCAUCACAAUUUGGACAUCAUGCACAUUGAGAAGGGGGUAUCUGAGCACAUACUUAACUUGCUCCUUUGUAAAGAUGAAAAAUCGAAAGAUAACCUACAAGCUCGGAGGGAUCUACAACACUUCAACAUUAGAAAAGAGUUGCACCCUAUACCUAAAUUAGGUAAACCAGGAAAAUUUGUACUCCCCAAUCUCGUUUAUCAUAUGUCAAAACUAGAAAAGAAAAUAUUUUUGGAGGUAUUGCAUGAGCUGAAGGUUCCUACAGGGUUUUCUGGAUCAUUUAAUAAGAAGAUAAAGACUGUAAAAAGCAAGAUUGAUGGGUUAAAGAGUCAUUAUCACCAUGUUAUUAUGGAGCACCUUCUCCCACUAUCCCUUAGGGCUUCGCUUCUUGAAUCUGUUGGUUUAGUGAUCAACGAACUUUGCAGCUUUUUUAGGGAAUUGUGUGCUAAAACCAUUGAGGACAAGGAGUUGGAGAAGCUACAAGAAGCAAUUCCCUUAAUAUUGUGCAAGCUUGAGCGGAUUGUUCCACCAUCAUUCUUUGAUAUUAUAAUACAUCUGACUGUUCAUCUUGCAACCGAAGCAAGGCUUGCUAGACCAGUACAAUAUCGGUGAAUGUAUCCUAUAGAAAGGUGUUUCACUUUUUUCUUUGACACAACCAAUAUAACUUUUCUAUUUUGUAUGUUUGUAUGUAGUAAUCUAAUACUAGUAUUUGUAGGUACAUUCUCACUCUAAAAAAUUACAUUCGGAAUAGAAAUCGGCCAAAGUGUUCUAUAAUGGAAGGUUAUCUCCUAGAGGAGGUAACGACAUUUUGUUCUCGUUAUUUGGAUGAAAACAUAGAGACGAAGCUCAAUAGUCCUGUGCGUAGUAUUCGUGAUGGAACACAUGACAAACUAACUUAUACGACAAUGGGAAUCACAUUUAUUAAUCAGAUACAUCAAUUUAUCCUCCUCAAUAGCAUUUGCCUUGAGGAAAUUAGAGGGAAAGUCUAUUUUGCAUUUACUAUUAUAUGUGUAUGUAUGCAUGAAAUAAUAUAAUGUUGAUGUUAACAAUUCAUGUUGAGAAUAAAAUUCAUAAGGAUGAAUUACAUGAAGAGCAUCACAUAUGGAAUGAUGAACGGUUGGAGAAGCAUCAUCAAAAAAUUUUUUGUGUCUGGUUUAAAAAUUAUGUAAGAAUUUCUUAUAUGUCAUAGUAU